GUCGUAGGUGUUUGAAGAAGGACCUCCCCUGUUCCCAAAAACCAAAAUAAAAUACAUUUUCUCCGAAUGUGACUUAUCCAAAAUUCUACCAGACGGCACGACUUUCCCAUCAAUCACUUAAGUACUAUGGCCUUUGCUUGCGAAAGGGAAGUUACAAAGUAAAGCUUUAUUUUGCUGAAAUAAUGUAUUCUGAUGACCAGACAUUUAGCAGCCUGGGAAAGCGUAUAUUCGAUGUCUCAAUUCAAGGGAAUUUAGUUGAGAAGGAUUUCAACAUUGUGGAGGCUGCUGGAGGUGUUGGUAUAGGCAUCCAUAGGGAAUACGAUGUUCUUGUUAAUGGUAGUACUUUGGAGAUUCAUUUAUACAGGGCAGGGAAAGGAACUAAUGCCAUUCCUAAUAAAGCUGUCUAUGGGCCUCUUAUAUCUGCCAUUGCAGUGACACCAAACUUUGACCCUAGAAAGGGUCUUGCUGCUGGUGCUAUUGCUGGAAUUGUACUUGCAUCGUGUAUGCUCCUUGCAUUGAUUUUGGUAGUUCUCCGAAUGAAGGGUUACCUAGGGGGGAAAGACCUUGAAGAUAAAGAGUUGCAAUACUUUCUUCCUUAA